AAGAAGGAAAAGAAAAGACUCCAACUUCCAUAGAGCAUAAAUACGGAAACGCAGUUUACCCUAUUUCAGUGAUUGACCGGGUUCCUCUUCCUGUCAGUAGUAUGUCGGGCAUGGUGGUUUCUUUUAGUGCUGUAAACUCAUCUUUGUCGUCUCUGAAAAUGUGCCAGACCUAUAUCAGUACAGGGAUGGAAAUAGUGACCAACGUGGCCCUUGAUUUGACAGAAACAGAAGGUGACCUGGACGAUGUGAACACACUGGAGCAAGUGAUGUUAGAGUAUGCAGUAAUAGACAGAGAAGUAAACCACUUCAUACAAGCUGUCGAACAAGUGACACAUCAGAUAAAACAUGAAGAUCCAGAGAAAAUAUCUGAAUUAAAGGCACUGGUUCAAGAAAAGUUCACUGGACUUCAAAACACUGCCCAGGACUCAGACCUGCGACGCAAUGAGAAGUAUAUCCAGUUUAAAGAAAACCUGCAAGAAGCAAAGAAACAAGCUGGACUCCAGUCACCAGAGAGCAAUGAGGAAGAGGAUGAGAUGGAUGAUGACGUUGCUGUGACUCAGAGCCAGAGGAACACUGUUUGUCCCAUUACCCAGCUGGAGAUGGUCUGUCCUAUGAAGAACAAAAAAUGCAAUCACUCCUAUGACGAGCAGGCCAUUCUUGGACUGAUAAAGAGCAGACACAAUCAGAGAAAGAAAGCCCGUUGCCCUGUGGUUGGAUGUGACAACACAGACAUAAAGCACUCAGACCUGGUACCAGAUACAACUUUGAAGAGGGCUAUUGAGGGACGAAAGAAACAGGGAUCCAACCGACUGACCAUGUGAAAGACAUUUAAUGGUGGAGUCUGGAGAAGAAUUUGUUUUGCUUGGAAACAUUCUUUACAUGUGUUUUUUCUGUUUAUAUAUAUAUAUAUAAAAUAUUAAUUGCAUUUUUUUAUAAUUAAGAAUACAGUAAUUCCAGUUCAAGGUGUUGUUAUUUUCACCCCAUUUAAGAAAUAUAUGUCCAGUAUGUAAUGGAAAAUUUGUGUCUGGAUAAAAAAAAAAAAUGAAAUAACA